CAUUUUCGUUUGAUGACCCUUCGAAAUAUGCCUUCAAUUUCCAACGUUCUUUUUAUUUUUUCUUACGUAAUAUUUAAGGGGUAGUUUUUGGGGGGGUGUAGUAGUAAAUUCAGCUAUCCUCUUUCCAUCUAACUCUCUCCUUUAAAUUUGGAUUCGGUUACUACAUUUGUAUAAUUGUAUUUUAUUGAAGUUCCGUUCUUCUCACUGACUUUAAGGCUGCUAUUGUGGCCGCUUGACCAAUUUUUUUCCUUCUUUUCCACCAUGACAGCAGAUAAUCAGCAACCAAUUUUGCGAAAAGAUAGUACCUCAAAUGCGCAGCAUCCGCUGGCGAAGCUGAACCGUCUGCACUUUUGGCUUCUGGUGGCACUUAACAUUUUUUUCCUUCUCGUUGGUCAAGCUGCUGCUGUAAUUUUGGGAAGAUUUUACUAUGAGAAGGGUGGAAAUAGUAAAUGGAUGGCCACCGUCAUCCAGACAGCUGCUUUUCCAAUUCUUUUCAUUCCUUACUUUUUCAUUUCUUCUCCUCAAAAUCAUUCAGAAGGCUCCACUCGAUCUUCUAUCAUCACGGUUAGCAUAAUCUAUUUCGUAAUUGGUGCACUGGUUGCCGGAGACAACAUGUUGUAUUCCAUCGGACUAUUGUAUCUCUCUGCUUCUACUUAUUCCCUUAUUUGUGCAACUCAAUUGGUUUUCAGUGCAGUCCUUUCUUUCUUCCUGAACCAUCAAAAGUUCACAGCAUUGAUUAUGAAUUCUGUGGUCGUGCUCUCUUUAUCUGCUUCUCUUCUUGCUGUUAACGACGAUUCUGAUAAGCCUGUGGGCGUAACUAAGUCGAAAUAUGUCAUUGGAUUUCUAGCUACUCUUGCCGCUUCAGCUAUGUACGCUCUCUUGCUUUCCCUUAUGCAGCUUUCGUUCCAAAAGGUUCUAAAGAAAGAAACGUUUUCUGUGGUUCUGGAGAUGCAAAUAUACACAGCACUUGUAGCCACCGGGGUCUCUAUAGUGGGUCUCUUUGCUAGCGGAGAAUGGAAGACUUUGCAAGGGGAAAUGGGUAGUUUUACUGCUGGAAAACUUGCAUAUGUGAUGACUCUGGUUUGGACAGCUAUAGCUUGGCAGAUUUGCUCAGUUGGGGUUGUAGGUUUGGUUUUUGUGGUGUCUUCAUUGUUCUCUAAUGUUAUUAGUACGCUUUCCUUGGCGAUCACCCCUAUUGCUGCUGUGGUAAUCCUCCAUGACAAGAUGAACGGUGUGAAAAUAAUCGCCAUGCUGAUGGCCAUUUGGGGCUUCUGUACUUACAUAUACCAGAAUUAUGUCGAUGAUCUUAAGGCAAGAAAUGCACCAAGUGCUGUUGAUGAUGCUCCACGCCAGUCAAGAUCUUGCUGAAGUCUUAGGGCCAGGCAAGUGCAUAGACUGAAUUGUUAGAGUUCCUGGCACUCAUAGCUAAAAUUCUUUAAAUACUUGUUUGUAGUUAGGAAUUUUGCUCUAUUUGGAAUUAUCAUUUAUCAAUGCCUGUUAAUAGCAAUGACAAUUUAGUAGCAAAUUCUUGA